GUUUAUAUAACGAGGUGCCGGAGCGUUCAGUGGAACCGGCGGUCCAGUGUAGAGAUCGAGCCCGGGUCAGAGACCGGACCGCCCUCUGUGCACAGAGGCAGCACGUUGUCACCUCGCCGGAGAAGGACUUACUCAAUUAAAAGAACCUGUAUUAUGAUCAUUUGGCGUCUCAUUUCUGAACUUUCUAUGGAACAGCGGCAGACCCAAACCGUAGUUAAACAGAGCUACAACGAGCGGGAUACUUUUAGAGAACCCUGUUCGGCCCUCCUGUAACUGCCCUGGCACACUGCGUCUGACUUGAAGGCUCGGGCAGAGUCCAUUUGUCUUGUUCAUCACUCUUUUCGUCUCCUGCAAGACACAGCAGGAUUUUAUCACCUUGUUGCUUAUCGUGACUUUGUGGAAAAUGGUUGGAUUCAAGCCUACAGACAUUCCUCCGACAGCCACUGUGAAAUUUAUUGGUGCUGGGACAGCAGCUUGCAUAGCUGACUUGUUUACCUUCCCAUUGGACACUGCUAAAGUCAGAUUACAGAUUCAAGGCGAAUCCAAGUCUGCUGCAGAGAUGACUACCUUAAAGUAUAGGGGUGUCUUUGGCACCAUGGCCACAAUGGUCAAGAAUGAGGGACCAAGAAGCCUCUACAGUGGCCUGGUGGCUGGUCUCCAACGUCAGAUGAGCUUUGCUUCUGUGCGCAUUGGACUCUAUGAUUCUGUGAAACAGUUCUACACCAAAGGAUCUGAACAUGUUGGCAUUGGCAGCCGACUGCUUGCUGGCUGCACCACGGGAGCCAUGGCUGUGGCAUUUGCCCAACCAACUGAUGUGGUGAAAGUGAGGUUUCAAGCACAAGCAAAUAUACCUGGUCCAAACAGACGAUACAAUGGAACCAUUGAAGCCUACAAAACCAUCGCCAAGGAGGAAGGUAUUCGGGGGCUGUGGAAAGGUACCCUACCAAAUAUUGCCCGUAAUGCCAUUGUGAACUGCACAGAGCUUGUGACAUAUGAUCUGAUCAAAGACCUGUUGCUCAAGAAUGAUCUCAUGACUGAUAACCUUCCAUGUCAUUUCUCUUCUGCUAUUGGUGCUGGAUUCUGCACAACUCUUAUUGCUUCACCUGUUGAUGUAGUGAAAACAAGAUACAUGAACUCUGCCCCUGGCCAGUACAACAGUGCCUUAAACUGUGCAGUAACCAUGUUUACAAAAGAAGGUGUUACAGCUUUCUAUAAAGGGUUUAUGCCAUCAUUUCUACGCCUGGGAUCAUGGAACAUAGUGAUGUUUAUUACCUAUGAACAACUGAAACGGGCUAUGAUGGUUGCCAGAUUUUCUUAAGAAUCUUCUCUGUAAACAUAAUGCAUAGUUUUUGCUUGAAAUAGUUUUAAAACUAACAUACUGUUUUGUUGUAUGAUAUUUAUUUCUUUUUGAUUUCCAUAUCUUUGAGCACUGCCUCAAACAACUACUAAAGUUUGUUUAACAAGGGACCAUGUACACACUAUGGAAUUGUCUCAACCAUUCUCUAUCCACCCACCACCCCACCCCCACCCCCACUAAUGAAAGCUAGAAAAUUGUUGCAUUUUACAACUGGAAGAAAGGAUCCAUUUUAUUAAUAAGCUAUCUUUAUUUAAAAAUCCAGUAGCAAUAGGAAAAUUUUGGGUAAAAAGUACCAGGCACAAGAUUUGGAAUCCAGCCUGUUGUAGCAGUCUGGGACUUUAUUAAAUAAUACUGUUCCGUUUUUUAAAUAUUUAAAUCUCUGAAUUUGCUUCAAAUCAAUAAACAGAUUCUCAUGUUGAA